GAACGGGAUCAUCUGGGAAUGUUCAUAAACUAGUAUACAGAUGUGAUAUCCUAAAGGAAUUUAUUUUACAGGACAAAUUUGCAACCAAAACGGGAAGAUGAGAAGACUGAGUGUUUACCCUAAGCCAGAUACAUCUCUGGGAAACCUGGGAUUGAUGGCAAACGAAAUCCAACAGGAGGUUGAAAACAAUACAUCUGAUUUGGUAUCGGAGCUGGUUGACCUGUCAGCCGGAGCAAGAAUAGAAGCCAUUCGGUCCUUGCCUGUCUCAUGUGAUGAAAGGCGAACAAUCAGGAACAGAGUUAUCUCUGUGAAAAAUUCAAAGACGAUCUUUAAUGUGGACUGUGGUCAACAGGUGUCUCGGUCAUUUCGCAGAUUUGGUGUCAACGUGGCAUCGGUCAGAGAGCAGUUGGUUAUGUGGCAUGGGACUCUGAAGGACAUAGGAGGCAGAUUUGGUACCUCUGUCCUCACUUACUUUUUGUUUCUCAAAUGGCUGCUGAAGUUCAACAUCUUCUCAAUGAUCAUCAAUUUCGGCUUCAUCACCAUUCCCCAAAUUGUGCACGCACCCAACAUCACCAAUGUUACUGCGUUCAGAGGCCUUGAGCUUCUCACUGGAGUGGGUUAUUUUAACCAGACAGUGCUGUUCUAUGGAGGCUAUAAUGGUGAAGUGAUCGUAUCCAAACCAGCCUAUAACAUGCAGUUGGCCUAUUUCUUCACUAUAGCGGCAUAUCUAGUGCUGUGUGGCAUGUCUCUUAUCUACAGCAUGUCCAGAUCCUUUCAGAAGAACUUUGUGUUGGAGUCAGGACCUGUCUCUGGAGGUGCGUGGCGUCUGCUGUGCAGCUGGGAUUUCAGCGUAGUCAACGAGAAAGCCAUACAGAACAACAAGAACAACCUUGGCAUUGAGCUGAAGGAGUCUUUAUCGGAAAGGUUACAGAGGAAGCGCACAAUGGCAGUGUCUGACUGGAUAAAGCAUCUGUCUCUCCACCUACUAGCCUGGCUUCUCUCCUCAGGACUUGCUGUUGGCUCCUGUGCAAGCAUCUACUUCCUAGGAAUAAAUCAGCUGAACUCCAAUCUUAAUCACGAUCCGAAAGAUUUAAAGGCGGAGGCAUCUACUUUGCUUCUGCCUGUGGUCGUGUCCCUCAUCAACCUGAUAGUGCCUCUCCUCUUCUCCCUCAUUAGCCGGAUGGAGAGUUACUCAAACCCACGGGCAAAGAUCUACAUCAGCAUCACAAGAAAUGUUAUUUUGAAGAUGUCUAUUGUGGGAAUUCUUUGCUAUUACUGGCUGAAUUCAGUGCCUAUGGAUGUCUCAUGUUGGGAGUCUUUUGUGGGCCAGAGUGUCUAUCGACUGCUGAUAAUAGACUUUAUAUUCUGCCUGCUCGGCACUUUCUUUGGGGAGUUCCUACGCAAUGUAAUUGGAACCACGCUCAUCCAGAGUCUUGGCGUCCCGGAGUUUGACAUUGCUAGGAAUGUACUUGAUCUAAUCUACGCCCAGACGCUGGCUUGGAUUGGAAUUUACUUCUCCCCCUUACUUCCUGUAAUGCAAGUCAUUAAGUUGUUUAUCAUUUUUUACGUGAAAAAGAUCAGUCUGAGUAUGAAUUGUCAGCCGCCCAAGCACACAGGCAGAGCUGCCCAGAUGCAGACGGUCUUCAUCGCCUUGCUUUUCUUCCCCUCGUUUGUGGGUGCGCUGUCCAUGGUCGCAUACACAGUGUGGAGUUUGAAGCCCUCAAAACAUUGUGGGCCCUUCCAGGGUCUCAACACCCCAUUUGACAUCAUUAUUAGCUGGACGAAUUAUAUUGAGAACCUCCCAGGAACUCAUUGGGUCUGGUGGAUAUAUCAAAACGUGCUGAGAAGCGAACUGUUCUACUAUUUGAUCACCCUCAUCCUCUUAGUCUUCACUUUUUUUCUCUGGCAAAUCACUGAGGGACGGAAAGAGCUCAUCAAGAGUCUACGACAGCAGAUUGUCAAUGAAGGAAAGGACAAAGCCUUUCUCUUAAAUAAACUACAGGAUACACAGAAGCAGAGGAGACAGAUGACUUUCAGACCUCCGGACUUUGAGCAGACAGCACAUUUCAACUCAAACUGGAUAAAUACUCUCCCCUUGGAUAGAUGAAAGCAUGUCAUAUGAAAAUGUUUAUUUUGUAAUGGCCUUUUUCUGUAAAUACUGAAUUUUGUCAUAUAAUUUAUUCAGCAAGUACUGUUGUUUCUCUCUUUAAUGGAGAGACAUUUUUGCAAAGCUUGCACAAGCCAGCAUUUUGUGUUUGUCCAGAACAGUGGUUCUCAAUCUGGGGGCCCUGAGAUGUUGGCGGGGGCCCCAAUUUUAUCAAAUACAUUUAUUUAUCAUAAAUUCUGUGUAAUUAAACCUAAAAAAAAACAAGACUACUAACCAACUGCACUACAUUGUAUAUUUUAAUAAGUUUUGGUUAAAGGAAUAGACUACCCUUUUGCCAAAUUAAACUAUGUUAUUAC